ACGGAAACUAAACACUUGACAUAAUAAAGGCCUUUUACAGCCCAACCCUAUUAACCCUAAACCCCCACAUCUCCAAUCUCUCAGCGCCUCUCAUCAAACCUGCAAAAUCUCAUUAAUCAUCAAUCAUAUCUACUCAAUCUCGAUCAUCUUCUUCAUCUCUUACAACCUAAUUUACAGAUCGAUCGCUCUAUUCACCACCAUCUCACCGUUUACACUGCAUCCAUUAGCUUAAAGCUGUGGAUGCUUGAAUCGUGAUAACUAUGACGUCUCGUGCAACUGUUCAUCUCAUUACUUAUUCAAACGAGCUUGUAAAUGGUGAAGCAAUUUACGUUUCCUCAAACAGUCUUCCAAUAAAGUCUACACGUUUCGAACCUGCCGGUCAUUCUUUUCAUGAUGUCGCACUUAAGCUCCGCGGCUAUUACGAGGAAGAAAACGUCCCCAGUGACGAUGAGAAUCUGCCUAAAGACAAAGAAAACGACUAUAUGCAAUCAUCGGAUUCAUAUAGCAGCAAAGGUAAAAAGAAAUCUGGUGACAAAACGGCCCAACAAGAUCAUUACGCGUUAUUGGGCUUGGGUCAUUUACGGUAUCUUGCAACCGAGGAGCAAAUUAGAAAGAGUUAUCGUGAAACCGCUUUGCGACAUCACCCUGACAAACAAGCGGCUCUUCUUCUCGGAGAAGAAACCGAAGCUGCAAAACAAGCGAAAAAAGACGAAAUCGAAAACCAUUUCAAAGCCAUUCAAGAAGCGUACGAAGUGUUAAUGGACCCAACACGGAGAAGAAUUUACGACUCGACAGACGAAUUCGACGAUGAGAUUCCUACCGAUUGCUCGCCGCAAGACUUCUUUAAGGUGUUCGGACCGGCGUUUAUGAGAAAUGGGCGGUGGUCGGUGAGUCAACCGAUCCCGAUGCUAGGAGAUGACAAUACCCCGCUUAAAGAAGUCGACGCGUUUUACGAUUUUUGGUUUGCGUUCAAAAGUUGGAGAGAGUUUCCGCAUGAAGACGAGUACGAUCUUGAACAAGCAGAAUCACGUGACCAUAAACGAUGGAUGGAACGACAAAACGCAAAGCUUUCGGAAAAGGCGAGAAAAGAAGAGCACGUGAGGAUACGUUCUCUCGUAGACAACGCGUAUAAACGGGACCCGAGGAUUUUACGGAGAAAGGAAACGUUAAAAGCGGAGAAACAGAAGAAGAAAGAAGCGAAGUUUAUGGCGAAGAAACAACAAGAGGAAGAAGCUGCGAGAAUCGCGGAAGAAAAUCGACGUAAGAAAGAAGAAGAGGAUAGACUGGCGGCUGUAGCCGCUUCAAAUCAAAAGAAACAAAAAGAAAAAGAAAAGAAAUUGUUACGAAAAGAACGAACACGUCUUCGAACUGUUUCAACCGCUGUGGUGUCUGAUAAUUCACUUACUAUUAGUCAGGAUGAGGUGGAAAACUUAUGUAUGUCACUUGACAUGUUACAACUACAAAAUUUAUGUGACGGUAUGGAACGAAAAGAAGGCGAUAGUCAAAGUCAAGCCGAGCUUCUAAAGCAGGCAAUUAGCUCGGACCAUGUUGAGAAAGAUCAUGCGACGAAAAACAGUCAACAAAAUGGGUCUGCGAAAGUCAAAGUCAACGGAAGUGUUUCUACAAGCAGUUUCGAGAAAAAGGAGAAAGAGAAACCAUGGGGGAAAGAAGAGAUCGAGCUUUUGCGUAAAGGAAUCGUGAAGUAUCCGAAAGGAACGUCUAGAAGAUGGGAGGUGAUAUCGGAAUACAUCGGAACCGGACGGUCUGUCGAGGAGAUUUUAAAAGCAACGAAAACUGUUCUUUUACAAAAACCGGACAACGCUAAGGCGUUCGAUUCGUUUCUCGAGAAAAGAAAACCAACAGUUACGAUUUCAUCUCCGCUUACGACUAGAGAGGAAGUCGUGGGGACAUCUUCUACGGUUACACCGACACCGGCCCAACCCGAUGUGGUUCCGGUUCCACCGAAACCGAGCCAAGCCACGGAAAAAGUGGAGCCGGUCGGGUCAAGUUCGGACCCGGAUGCGUGGUCUGCUGUGCAGGAAACGGCUCUGGUUCAAGCGUUAAAGACAUUCCCUAAGGAAACUAACCAGCGUUGGGAGCGCGUUGCUGCUGCGGUUCCCGGGAAAACGGUUAACCAAUGCAAGAAGCAGUUUGCGUUGCUCAAGGAGAAGUUUAGAAACAAGAAAAGUAAUCAAAGCGGGUGAUUAUAAGCGCGUUUUUUGGAGAUUAUUAACCGGGGCAUCGUUUUUGUCACUAGCCGAGCUUUGAAGCGUAUUAUCUGAUGAAGGUGGGUGCAAGCACAAUGCGGUUUUGAGGAGAUUUGGGUGGGUACAUUGCCAACUUGAUACUGGAGGUAUGUGUUUUUCAUGUUCUUUGGGAUAGGGUAGUAAUGGGUUUUUGUUAUUGGUUGACUGUUGUAUUAAGUCAACGCUAUGAAGAAUCUAUACUGUUUAUGAGUUGUAGUUGGAGUUUAAACAUGUUAUUUGAAUAUGCUACCAUCUUUAUUUUACUAAUCUUGUUCAUUA